AUGCCGAAUCAAGAGUCAGAUAUCUUGAGUGGACCUUCUCCUAUCUCUGCCACGGCACGAAUAAUCAACUUUAACGAGACAGACGUAGACGAGUACGAUGGUUACUUCGCAAUGAUAAUCGACAAUAUUUGUACACAAGAUGAGUGCGCGAAUUUACUCAAACUCGUCAGCCCCGCUGAUGGUGCAGAAUGGCCACCCGCAGCUGUAACCGCCUACGACGGGUCCCAAGUCGUAGACACGAAGUCCCGGUUCUGUGGUCGGAUAUUCUAUACAUCUAAGGUCCUGGCAGAUCGUCUCCUAGAGCGCGUAUUACCGUUCAUACCCCCUGAGAUUGUCACGUUAGAAAAUGCACCUGACAUCACGGGCCAGUUCCCCAUCAUUCGUAAUGAAUCGUGGCGCAUCUGUCGGCUUAACAACAAACUUCGAUUCCUCAAUUUUCUGACUCUGCACCUGUACUUGAAUGGGGGUGCAGACGACGACAAUGUGGUGGAAGGCGGCGCUACGAGGUUUGGUGUCGACUUUGAAGAUCCACAAGCUGGAAAGUUAGAUAUCGACCCUAAAGGAGGAAGUCUAGUAUUAUUCCAGCAGAGGGACAUGUAUCAUGAAGGAGCGACAGUCAUGAAAGGGACCAAAUAUACAAUGAGGUCGGAUGUUAUGUAUGAGAAAAUAUGA